AUGGCUUCCUCGGACAAAGCCAAUGCCAUGAGAAGGUUCCAAAGAAAACGAAACCUCGAAAGCAUCUUUCAGUUGUUCAAACUCUUUGCCGUAAUCUUGCUAUUCUCCCACUUAUUCUCUUUCUUCCCCAAUAUCACCCUCCAAACAUUCCCCCAUCUCUACCAUUUUUUUAUACCACUUUUCCGCAACUCUUUCUACGCAUUUCUUCUCCUAAACGCCAUCAUCCUCUUACUCUUCGCACUCUCCAACAAACACAACAACAACGUUGGUGCCUCCGAAGACGUCUACCACGAAUUCCUCAACCACAACAAGUCUCGCCUCAUCGUAACCGCAUCGCAGGACCAACUAUCUCGGACCGUUGAUUCUUCCGACAAAAAAAUCACCACUACUAACUUUGAUCCAUCGUCGUCACCGGUAUUUGAGGAAACUGUCAGGGCGGUUACUGAAACGGUUUCGGUGUCGGAGAAGAAGUGCUACCGGAGAGUUCAGUCGGAGCGUUAUGAGCGGCGGAUGGUGGUGGCUCCGUUGCAGGGGCAAUUGCGGUCCGUGGAACAGUUGAGUAAAGACGAGUUCAACCGCGCGGUUGAGGAAUUCAUCGCUAUGCAUAAGAGAAUGCAGAAAGAAGAGCACAUAGGAUCGCUGGAAACAGGGUAUUUGGCGUGCACUCCGUCAAAUUAA